AUGCGACAUACGGCCAAUAUUUUUACAUUGAUCUUCAUUAUUUUUCUUUACUCAACUAUUUAUUGUUCAUCCGUGCCGAAUGAAAGUUUAUCAGCUCCACUUUUACUAUUAAUAUCAUUCGAUGGAUUUCGUUGGAAUUAUCCCGAUUUGUAUCACUUACCUAAUUUUAAUUUAUUGUCCAAACGAGGUGUACGCGUUAAAUAUAUUCAGAAUAAUUUCGCUACUUUAACAUUUCCUUUGCAUUACUCCAUCAUUACUGGACUCUAUGAAGAAUCUCAUGGUAUUGUUGGUAAUACGAUUUUUGAUCCAAAAUUAAAUGCUGUAACAACGCUUGAUACAAUGAAUGAUACUAGAUGGUGGUCGCAAAAUUCAUACUCUCAACCGAUAUGGACGAGUAAUGAAUUAGCAAAUGAUUCGUAUCAACGACGAUCUGGUGUCAUCGCUUGGCCAAGUAUUGGAACGCCAAUCAAUGGUCAUCUUCCAGUUCGAUAUCAAUUAUUUAAUUUAACUCGUAAAUUUGAUUCAAUUCUCCAACAAAUAAUUGAUUGGUUUCGUGAACCUGCUGAAAGUCGCAUUAAUCUUGGCGUUGUUUACUAUCCUGAACCUGAUAUGACUGGUCAUCAUCAUGGUCCAAUAUCCGAUGAAAUGAAUAAAACAUUAAAAGAAUGCGAUGAUUAUGUUGGUCAACUAUUAGCAAUGAUCGAUAUCGAUGAAUAUCUAAAAAGAAAUUUGAAUGUUAUUAUUACAUCUGAUCACGGAAUGGAAUCAAUAAGAAAAAAUCGUACAAUUAUACUUGCAGAUUAUAUUGAUACAAAAUUAUGCUCAGCAUAUGGUAGUCGUUCGUCAGUGAAUAUAUUUGUUCCUUUAGAAUCCAAUAUUAAUCGUAUUUAUGCGAAUCUCUCAACUAUUCCGAAUUUUGAAGUUUAUAAAAAAUCUCAAAUACCUGAUGAAUAUCAUUAUAAAUCAAAUAUACGCAUUGGUGAUAUUUUAUUCGUUGCUAAAGCUGGUUACGAAAUAAUUGCACCGGGAGAUAAUGCAUCGAUUGAGUUACUUGGUGAUCAUGGUUAUGACGAUCGUGUGGAAUCAAUGCAUGGAAUAUUCUAUGGGUUUGGCCCUGCCUUUCAUGAAAAUAUGCAAGUAGAGCCAUUUCACACUGUCGAUAUUUAUCCGUUAAUGUCUUAUAUACUUAAAUUGAAAGAAAGAAAAACAAAUGGUUCAAUAGAUAAUGUUAAACAUAUUCUUCGACAUCACAUAAAUAACGAUUUAUUUGAUGAAAUUAGUGUACUUCUUUCGAAAACGACAUCGUAUGUUACAAGUUGGGGAUUUAUAACUGAUGGCUGUGUGCUGUUGGUAAUUUUAAUUAGUAUUGUUUAUAUAAUAGUUGCGUUCCGUCACUCACGACAAUUGAUUUAUGCUGAACCUCAAUUUCCUAUUCGUUAUCGUUUAUUAAGUAAUGAUGAAGGAUCAAAAAAUAAUUUUUUUCCCGAUGCCAGCGACAAUGAAGAACUUGAAUAG